AUGAUGCAAGGAAUAGCGGACAGUUUGAUCAUAUCUGGCAGUAUCGAAGGUGUGAAUUGUGACAUGGUGAUAGAUACGGGAUCUAACAUUACAAUUUUGAGACCGGACGUAUUGGGGCGAGUUUCGAAAGACGUAGACAUUGAUGUACAGCCAGUAAACAGUUUAUUACGGACAGUAACCGGUGAAACAACACCAGUACAAAGUCGUGGUAAGCUCGCUUUUCAAGUUGGAAAUUUGAAAGUCGUACAUGAUGUAUGGAUUGCAGAUGUCGAGAACGAGUGUAUUUUGGGACUAGACUUUCUGAUUUCGAAUGACUGUGUUGUUGAUGUACAAGAAUCCUGUUUGCGUAUUGGCCCGGAAGAAAUUCGAUUCAAGGGGAUGACAGCCACAAAGAAAUCAGUUUGUCGCAGAGUGAUGGUUGCUGAAACAUGGUUGGUUCCACCGAAGAGCGAAGCGAUAAUUCCAGGAAUGCUGGACGGUGAUGGUAGUUCUGAAGAAGGUUGGGGAGAAAUCAACCCUAGCAAGGAACCAGGAUUGUCCAGUGAUAUUCUCGUAGCAAGGACGGUUGUAGAUAUUCGUAAGCCCAUAUUUGCUGUAAGAGUGUUAAACAUGUCGGAUGAUGAACGAAUAGUCCGUGAAGGUACAGAUGUUGCUAGUUGUGAAAUCAUCGACAGUGUGACCGUGGUGGGGAAGACUGAGCCUGGAAGUCGUGAAGCGAGUGAUGAGUUACCUGAAGUGGUAAAGAAGCUUUAUGACCGUAGUUCCGGAGGUUUGGACGAUUCGCAAAAGAGUCAGUUGUAUUCGUUGCUGGUGGAAUUUAAAGACGUGUUUUCAGAAAGUUCAGGUGACUUAGGGAGAACAUCUUUAACUUCACACAAGAUUGACACUGGUAACCAAAAACCGAUCAAACAACAACCGCGGCGUCUACCACUGGCGAAGGUGGACAUUGCACAAGAGGCGAUUAAAGGAAUGUAUGAGCAAGGAAUUAUCGAGCCUUCAAGCAGCCCCUGGACAGCGCCUAUUGUCUUGGUGAAGAAGAAGGACGGCACAAACAGGUUCUGCGUUGAUUACAGAAAGUUGAAUGAUGUGACGAAGAAAGAUUCCUACCCGCUCCCUCGAAUCGAUACGACACUUGACGCGUUAGCUGGCUCGAAGUGGUUUUCAACUCUGGACAUGAAGAGUGGUUAUUGGCAGGUGGAAUUGGAACAAUGUGACAAAGAAAAAACGGCGUUCUCGACAGGCUACGGGUUGUGGCAGUUCACCGUUAUGCCAUUUGGGUUAUGCAACGCCCCCGCUACAUUCGAAAGGUUGAUGGAGUUAGUUUUGGCUGGUCUGCCUUGGAGCGUGUGUCUUCUCUACUUAGACGACAUCUUGGUACAUGGAAAGACGUUCGAAGAAGAGAUACUUAAUCUACGCGAAGUCUUUGGUCGUUUUCGAGCAGCCAACCUCAAACUGAAUCCGAAGAAGUGCGAGCUGUUCAGACAGAAAGUGCUCUAUCUGGGACAUAUUGUGACCCAAGAAGGAAUUUCAACGGAACCAAGCAAAGUUGAAGCUGUGACUACGUGGCCAAGACCUACGAACAAGCGAGAUUUAAGAGGAUUUCUAGGACUUUGCUCGUACUAUCGCAAGUUCAUUAAGUCAUUUGCCGACAUUGCAAGCCCAUUGCAUAAACUCACCGAGAAAGAAAUGUGUUUGAUUGGUCUGAACAAUGUGAGGAAGCGUUUGGAGAAUUGAAGCGUCUUUUAACGGCAGCCCCAGUGUUGGCCUACCCAAUUGCGUCAGGGAGAUUUACGAUAGACACGGAUGCGAGCGAGAGAGGAAUUGGCGCUGUCUUAUCUCAAGAACAAAACGGAAUAGAAAGAGUUGUCGCGUACUUUAGUCGAAGUCUGAGCAGAAGAGAACGAAAUUACUGUGUGACGCGAAAAGAGUUACUAGCAGUGGUCAAAGCAACAGAAAAGUUUCAUUAUUAUCUCUAUGGUCAACGAUUCGUGGUGAGAACUGAUCAUGCUUCAUUAAAGUGGUUGUUCAAUUUCAGGCAGCCAGAAGGACAGAUUGCUCGUUGGUUGCAGAAGUUACAAGAAUAUGACUUUGAGAUCGUGCAUCGUGCAGGAAGAAGUCAUGUCAAUGCAGAUGCUUUGUCACGACGACCAUGUUAUGAGUCAGCAUGCAAGUUCUGUUCGGCUUUAGAAGAUAAAGAUAAUGAAAACGAAGCGAUAAGUGAGGAAGAAGAAAGGGAUAUGCGCGGAAAUGGAAUUUCAAGAGGGGCGACCAUAAACCAAGACGAACUGUUGUUUCAAAUUUGGACAAAGGAAGAGCUCAGGACGAAGCAAGUGGAAGAUCCAGAUAUUAGACAUGUGAUGGAAUGGAAGAUUAACGGAAGACCAGAAUGGAAAGACAUUUCGGCUAUGAGUCCAGUUACAAAAUCAUAUUGGGCGCAGUGGGCAUCAAUUGAUGUGGUGGAUGGAAUCCUUUAUCGACGUUGGGAGGAUGCAAGUGGACGUGAAGUGAAGUAUCUCUAUUUAACACCAAAGGCGAUUCAAGAUGAUGUUUUGCGAAAUCUACAUGACUCUCCAACUGCGGGACACUUCGGCGUGAAGAAAACGUUAGCUCGCGUUCGACAACGUUUCUAUUGGAUAAACCUGAGAUGGUCAGUGGAGAACUGGUGCAGAAAAUGUGAGAAAUGUGCGUCGCGUAAAGGAUAUCCUAGAAGAGCCAAAGCUCCGUUGAAAUUGUACACCGUUGGUUCGCCGAUGGAGAGGAUAGCUAUCGACGUGUUGGGACCGCUUCCAAAAACAGAUUCGGGAAACCAAUAUAUACUCAUUGCUCAAGAUUACUUCACGAAGUGGCCGGAAGCCUUUGCUCUUCCAGACCAACAAGCAGUUACUGUCGCAGAAGUGUUGGUCAACCAGUUCUUCACUCGGUUUGGGAUCCCUAUGGAGUUACAUUCUGAUCAAGGGAGGAAUUUUGAAUCUGAAACUUUUCGAGAAGUUUGUCGGUUACUUGGAAUUAAUAAAACGAGAACAACUCCUUACCAUCCUCAGUCGGACGGAAUGGUGGAACGUUUUAACAAGACAAUAGAAGAUGGAUUGGCGAUGUUUGUGAAUGCUCAUCAAACCGACUGGGACAUGCAUAUUCCUCUGUUGUUAAUGGCAUAUCGUAGUGCAGAACACGUAGCAACGAAGAUUAGUCCAUCCCGGAUGAUGCUUGGUAGAGAGAUGAAAUUGCCUAUUGAUGUUUGGGCAGGACGACCGGAAGGUGGUGAGAUGCCACGAAGCAGCCCGAUGUACGCGCAGAAGUUACAAGAAAAGAUGGACGAAGUGCAUAUGUUUGCAAGAGAUAACUUAAAAAUCAGUUCUGGUGCGAUGAAGCAACAUUAUGACGUGAAGGCUAUGGCAGUGAAAUACGAAGUGGGUACGGGUGUUUGGCUUCAUAACCCACAACGGAAAAAGGGAAGAUCACCAAAGUUGAGCAGAAAUUGGGAGGGCCCUUACGUUGUGGUGAAGCAAAUAAAUGACGUUGUCGUUCGAAUAAAGAAGGGGCCCCAGGCAAAGCCCAAAGUUGUGCACAUCAAUCGACUGAAACCUUACACAGGUGGAGAGUAUUUUGGUUGGUUCGCAGAGAAAGGAAGCACUGGUUCCGGAACUUCGAGGAACUUAGAUAUCGGCAAGUCGACUUUACCUGGGGUGAGGACAACAUCAAAGAAAGAGAGUAAUGGUAAAACACAAACAGUAGGACCACGGUUGAAUCGUUGCGUCCCGGUAUACGAACUAGGAAACAACCACAAAGAUAUACACCGUAAGAUUUUUGGUUGA